AGGGUUUCUUGUUUCUUUCUGUUUGAAAGGUUCAGCCCAAAUUCGUCAAACAAUUUCCGACAAAAAAAUUUAACAAAGAGAGAGAAAGAGAAAGUGGAGGGGGAGACGACUCGUGGAGUGUUGAAGACGCUGAUGCGUGGAUGCAGGUGCCAGACACACCAACAAUGACCACAUCGCUCUGGAACCCCCCUUCUUCUUCUUCUUCUUCUUGUUAUUCCACUACUGAUCAUCAUCGUUAUAAUAACAAGGUUCCCUUGUUCAAAUGCCGAUUCCCUACCCCUUCCAAACAACCCAUUGCAUUGAUCUGUGAUUUUUGAUUCAACUAUAUCACACGAUCUUCCUUUUCUCACAGGAAACGGAGAAAUUUGCGUAGAAGAUGGAGGUGGCGAAAUUGUUGUACAUAGUGGUGGAGGAUGAUUUUGGUGGCGAUGAGGAAAGGGAAGGAAAUGAAGAAUUGACAUUUAGGUACACACGUCAUGUUCUUCAGAGCACUUUGCAGUUGAUGGGUUGUAAAGCACGUCACGCCUUCAAGAUUAGCCAAAGGGUCUUUGAAAUCAUGAGAACUGAAUGCUUAGGGGACACUUUAGCUGCCAUGGGUGUCAUCAAAACAGGAAAAGAUUUCUUAAAAGUUCUCCCUGGUAAAGAAAACAGCCGUGUGACUGAUAGCCGAUCAGACAAGGAAGGAGAAAGCAGCAACACGGUUUCAAAGAAUGAUGAUAAAAUAAGAAGCAUACCUUUUGAAUCUUACAAAAAGCGUACUACAGUUGUUGUCAAAAGGAGGAGGUUCAUAGAUGUUGUUUGUGAUGCUCUUGCUGAAUACAAGUAUGUUGGUCCCAAUCAGAGGGCUGAUUUGGUUUUAGCUUGCAGAAUCAGAGAAAGAAAGGAAUCUGUGACAGUGCUACUCUGUGGUACCAGUGGAUGUGGCAAAUCUACAUUGUCUGCUUUGUUGGCUAGCAGAUUAGGGAUCACAACAGUUGUAUCUACAGACUCGAUUAGACACAUGAUGAGGAGCUUUGUUGAUGAAAAGCAAAAUCCACUCCUAUGGUCAUCUACUUACCAUGCAGGAGAACAUCUAGAUCCAGUAGCUGUUUCAGAAGCCAAAGCCAAAAGAAAAGCAAAAAAACAAGGAAGUUCUUCAACUUCCCCUCAAUCACAAUUCAAGACUACAGGUCCUUCUGAUGCUUCAACAUCACUACCUCCUCUACCUAAAGAAGGUGGUUCUACUACAAUUGACUUAAUUAGCCCUAAACAAAUGGCAAUUGAAGGCUUUAAAGCACAAAGUGAGAUGGUCAUUGAUAGUCUUGAUAGACUCAUCACAGCAUGGGAAGAAAGGAAAGAAUCAGUCGUUGUUGAGGGUGUUCACUUGAGCCUUAACUUUGUGAUGGGGUUAAUGAAGAAACAUCCAUCCAUCAUCCCAUUCAUGAUAUACAUUACAAAUGAGGACAAACACAUGGAAAGAUUUGCAGUUCGUGCAAAGUACAUGACUUUAGACCCUGCAAAAAACAAAUAUGUAAAGUACAUAAGAAACAUCAGAACAAUCCAAGAGUACCUUUGCAAUCGAGCAGACAAACAUCUAGUUCCAAAAGUAAAUAACACCAAUGUUGAUAAAAGUGUUGCAGCUAUACACGCGACAGUUUUCAGCUGUUUAAGAAGACGUGAAGCUGGAGAACAGCUUUAUGAUUCUACCACUAACACGGUUUUUGUAAUUGAUGAGGAAUAUAGGAAUCAAUGUGUCGCUAACUCACUCAGCUCAAAGGGAAUGUUUCAGUUGAUCCAAAGGCAAGGCUCUUCAAGGAAUUUAAUGGCCCUGUUAAAUGAUGAUGGAUCUGUUGCAAAAGCAUGGCCUGUUUGUUCUGUAGAUGCGGAUGGGAAGCCGGUUUUAGGACAUCAAACUGACGAGAGUAAUGGAAUAGGAAUAGGAAACGGAAUAGGAAUUGGGAUUCCGAUGUAUGGACCAUUACAGAUUGGAAAAGCGGAACCUGUGAAUCUCCAAUUUGGUAACUUUGGAAUCAGUGCUUGGCCUAGUGACCUUGGGUGCACUAGUCAUGCAAGUAGUGUUGAUGAGUCAAGAGGCGAGCUUACUGACAAUGGUAGUAGAUACCAUUCUUCAUGUUGCAGCUCGCCUAAGGCCUCUGAUGGACCUUCUAAAGAGUUGAAGGAAGAGCAAUCGGUGUUUGGAAGCGAUGAAGAGGUUGAUGAUCAACUAGAUGUAGAUAGUGAUGAAGAUCUUAGUGAUGAUGCUAAAGAACAUAUGCAUGAAGAGAUGGAAGGUUCAGUGGAUGAAGAGUCGACUAAAUCAGAUGAGGAGUAUGAUGACCUGGCAAUGCAAGAUAUUCAAGAAAAUGGUUACUUUACUGAUGAUGAGCUAAAGCAACAUAAUGCGGUUAAUAGCAACCAUUAUGGGGACAAGUAUAGUCAAAAUCUUGACCGGUUUUUGAGAGCCAAAAGUGAGCCAAGCCCUGAUUCAGGACACCCAAACCCUAGUUAUGCGAUCAAGGAGAAAAGGCUCUUGUAUUCUGGAAGCUUUAAGGUGAAGAGAAGAUCGCAUAGUAUUUCGUGCUUUGGUAAGGAUGGGCCAUUGAGCCCAACAUUGUCCAGGAUUACUGCUACAUUAUCGCCUGAUCAUCCUUAACUUUAGUUUUGUGGGUUGUUGUCUUUGUUAACUUGGAAUUUAAGAAUGUAACUUUGUGUUUGUAUUUUGUAGUAGGAAGGAUAUAUGGUUAGUUGAGACCUCGUCAAAUAUAUGUUUAGUGCUUCCAUGAAAUUAAAGAUUGCAUAAGUCCA